AUGUACCCCACCCCCCGGUUUUCAUACUGCCGUGUCACAUUCGCCGGGUUGAUUGCUGACUCUCGAACACUGGUAGAACGAGCACAAAUUGAAGCGCAAAACUUCUGGUUCACCUACAACCGGAAGAUCCGCAUUGAAGAUGUCACACAGUCCGUCGCAAACCUCGCGCUUCAGUUCGGAGAUGACGACGUGAAGGCCUCCAUGUCUGCCCAUUCUGACGAUCGCGUUGCCAUGCUAUUCGCUGGUGUUGAUCAAGAUGGUGCCAAGCUUUUCCAUCUAGAUCCUUCUGGCACAUUUAUUGAUUGCAAAGCCAAGUCGAUUGGUGCUGCAAGCGAUGGUGCAGAACAGAGCUUGAAGGAACAAUACCACGAUAAUAUGACAUUGAAAGAAGCGCUAAAGGUGGCGUUGGCUAUCUUGAAACAGGUGAUGGAGGAGAAGUUGAAUAGCGCCAAUGUGGAAGUUGUUGUUAUCAAGCCAGUCAAGGACUCCAAAGGUCGCCAAGUGGGAACGUUCGAACGUGUCAGCAAUGCAGAUCUUGACGUCGUUAUCUCAACAUUAUGA